AUGGCAGCGUCAUCAACAAUUGAACACGACAAGUUACCUAAUCCAAAUCUCGAUUGGAUAUUACUUGAUAAAAUUGGUGAAGGUACUUAUGGACAAGUUUAUCGAAUUAAAUCUAAAGAAUCAAAUGAAAAUACAGCAGCAGCAAAAAUUAUUCGUAUUGAAAAUGAUGAAGUUUCGAGUGAACUCGAAAAUGAAUUGAAUAUUUUAAGAAAGAUUUCUAAACAAGAUGAGAAUUUACCUGAUUUUAUUGGUAUAUUUGGUGAUUAUGAUUCAUCAAAAUCAGCACGUAUAUGGUUUAUUAUGGAACUUUGUCAUUUGGGUCCAAUUACACGUUUAAUAAAACAAAUUGAAAAGAAAACUCAAUUAAAUAAAUUUGAUAAAGAAAAAUUAAUUGCUUAUUCAUUACGAAGUACUCUAAAAGCAUUGAAAUAUCUUCAUCAAUCAGGUAUUAUGCAUCGUGAUGUUAAAGGUAGUCAUAUAUUAGUAACAGAACAUUAUACAAUAAAAUUAAUUGAUUUUGGUGUUGCUGCUGUAUUUAAUACAGAACGUCCAAAACGUAAUUCAAGUGUUGGUACUUCAUUAUGGAUGGCUCCUGAAGUUAUUGCAUGUGCACAUCAACUUGAUUAUGUAUUUGAUGAAAGAUGUGAUAUAUGGUCACUCGGUAUAACAUCUAUUGAAUUGGCUGAUGGUGAAGCACCAUUAGCUAAUCUUCAUCCAACAAAAGUUUUAUUUGAAGUUCCACGUCGUCCACCACCAACAGUCAAUGAUGUCACACAAUGGUCAGAGAAAUUUUCCAAGUUUAUUUCAGCUUGUUUAAUUAAAGAUUAUGAACAUCGACCAAGUGCUGAACAAUUAUUAACAGAUAAUAUAUUUGUUAGUUUUAAUGAUGAAAUAUCGAAUUCAUAUAAAGAUUUAUUAAAAAUGUAUCAUCAGAAAAUUUCAUUUUUAAAUACUACAGAUAAAACAAUUGAAAAUGAACGAUCAACAGUAAUCAAUGAUGAUAAUGAUAUUAUGAAUAACAAUUCUUGGAUUGCAAAUAUAAGUAAACCAGCACAUUUAAUUGAUCCGGAAAAUAAUCUAGCUGAAAUGACUUAUCUUGAUCAACAACAUUUAAUUGAUUCCAUACGAAGACGUUUUAAUAAAAUAUUAAUUUAUACAUAUAUCGGUGAUGUUUUAUUAGCUAUUAAUCCUAAACAAUUUUUACCAAUUGAUAAUCUGAAUUUUCAAAUAAAAUAUCUUAAAAUUCGACAAGAUUUAUUACCACAUAUUUUUGCUAUAGCUACGAAAGUUUACAAUCAAAUGAUGAUUAAUCGACAACCACAAUGUAUUAUUCUCUCAGGAGAAUCUGGUUCAGGUAAAACUCAUGCAGCACAAAAUUUAAUUAGCGAAUUAGCUCUACUUGGUUUUGGUGAACAACGUGCAUUAGAAAAUCGUCUUGUUACAAUGAAUUUAUUACUUGAAUCAUUUGGUAAUGCACAGACAGUAUUAAAUAAUAAUUCUUCACGUUUUGGUAAACUUCUUGAUAUAUUCUUUUCGGAAUAUGGUACAAUUGUUUAUGUCCAAUUAUCCGAAUUUCUUCUUGAAAAAACUCGUGUUGUACUUGCAAGUGGUAAUAAAAAAAAUUUUCAUAUAUUUUAUUCAAUUUAUUCACAUUUUUCACAAAAACAAAGCAAUCCAUGUCAUUUAACUGAUCAAGAAUCAUUUGAUUUAUUUCAAACAAUUAAAUAUUAUACAUAUCUUGGAAAUAAUUCCGAUGAACAUAUAUCAUUAAUGAAUUUAUUUGAAAUUUUAAAAGAAUUAAAUGUUACGGAUAAUGAACAAUCAUCAAUAUUAGCUAUUUUAACAUCGAUUAUACAUUUAGGUAAUGUUUCAUUUCAAGCUGAAACUGAAAUCAAUGAACCUGGUUGUUCAAUUGAUCAACAAUGUAUUUUACAUGCAAAUGCAGUUUAUCGUUUAUUAAAAAUUGAUAAUGAACAAUUUAUUCAAUCAUUAUGUCAAUCAAGUUUAAUGACACGCGGUGAAACAGUUACGAAAUUAAAUACAAUUGCUGAAGCACAACAAGCACGUGAUGCGAUGGCAAAAUCUCUUUAUUCACGUUUAUUUGAUUGGAUUAUAUUUGCAUUAAAUCGUUAUUUUCGUACUGAACUUGAAUAUCAACCCAAAUCAAUAAUUGAUAUUUGUAAACGAUAUGAAAAAGAUACAUUUAAUAAUAGAUUUUCUAUUCGACCUAAGACAAGUGAAGAAUUAAAUAAAAUAAAACGUGAUAAUGAUCUAUGUUCAAUAUCAAUACUUGAUUUAUUUGGUUUUGAAACAUUUGAUUAUAAUUCAUAUGAACAAUUAUGUAUUAAUAUUGCUAAUGAACAAUUACAAUAUUUCUUUCGACAACAUACAUUUGCUUGGGAAUUGAAAGAAUAUGAAAAUGAAGGAAUUCAACAAACAAUUAAUUCAAAUAAUUUUGAUUUUCCAAAUAAUCGAUCAAUUCUUGAUAUGUGUUUAUCAAAACCAAUUGGUUUAUUAGCAUUACUUGAUGAAGAAUCUCGUUUUCCUCAAUCAACAGAAUUUACUCUUGUUAAUAAAUGGUGUGAAAAUUUAAAUUCACCACAUUUUAUAGCUAAUACACCAUCAUCGUCAUUAUCACGUAAAUCAGUAAGACGUCAAAAACAAUUAUUACUUGAUCAGCAACCAUUAUUUACUAUUCAUCAUUAUGCUGGAAAGAUCGAAUACACAGCAAAAGAUUUUCUUGAAAAAAAUCGUGAUUAUGUACCUAUGGAAAUAACUGAUUUACUUUUACAAAGUGAAGAUGACCUUGUUAAUUUACUUUUUCGUAGUCGUCUUCGUAAAACCGGUAGUGUGAUUUAUAAUGAACAAGAUAAACAAGAUAAAGCAGCAUCUUUAUUUCGUUCAAUAAAUCAAAAAACUACAACUGCAAAUCGUACACAAGGUACUGUAUCAACAUAUUUUCGUUAUUCAUUAAUGGAAUUAGUUAGUACAAUGGCAUCCGCACAACCAACAUUUAUUCGUUGUCUUGUACCAAAUCGUUUACCAUGUCAAAUAUCACAUGUAACAUAUGAUCAUACAAGUUAUUUUCCACAAAAUUUUACAUUUGAUACAAGUCAAUUUGAUGAAAAUGUUGUACUUGAACAAAUACGAUACAGUGGUUUACUUGAAACAAUUGAAAUACGUCGACAUGGUUAUUCACAUCGAAUAAUUUUUGAUGAUUUUAUAUCGGUUUAUUCAUGUCUUAUUAAUUUUAAAGAUCAAAAAAUUAAUAAUAAACAAUUGUGUGAAUUAAUAUUAAAAAAAUUUCAUUUUAAUGAUUAUGCUAUUGGUAAAACAAAAAUAUUUUUAAAAUUUCAUCAUAUUGAACAAUUAAAUAUUGCAUAUAAAGAUUUAAUAACAAAAAUUAUUCGUUUACAAUCACGUAUACGAAUGUAUUUAAUAAGAAAACAAAAUCAAGUUACGAACGUCAAUAUUAUUAAAUCCGAUUAUGAUAAAUCAGUAGCACGUGUUCAAGCUAUGGUACGUGGUUUUCUUGUUCGUACUGCAUUAAAAAAAUCGUCAACAGCUACUCUAACUAUUCAAAGUUAUUGGAGAAUGUGGUAUGAACAAACACAAUUUAAACGUCGUCUGCUUCAUUAUCGUAAUCAACAAAUUCAACUAUCUUAUUUUCUAAAACAAAUUGAAUUAUUCGGUAGUCAUUUAUAUCAACAAUUAACAAAUCUUGAAAAAAGUAAUUCAAAUUCAAUUAAAAAAGAAAAAAAUAUUCAUAAAUAUCAAUCAGUAUCAAAAACACACAAUUUGAAACUUCAAUCACAAAAUACAUUGAAAUUAAAUGGAAAGAAACGUAAUGUUGUUCGUUUAUGUCAAUAUUAUGAUACAAUUUAUAAAGAAUUUAUCGAUAUGAAAAAUAAAAAAAUUCUUGAAAAAAAACAAGAGGAAGUAAUUGAUAAAACAAUUCCACCUCGACCAUCAACAGCUCCACCGAUAACUAAUAUACCACAAGCUCCACCUUUUCCACCACCGGAAGUUUUGAAACAAACUAGUAAUAAAGUUCAGAUUUUUGAACGAAUGGAAUCAGCACCAGCUACUAUGAUAAGUCCAGUUGUAGAAUUAAAACAGAUAUCACCACCAGUUACAGUAAAAACUCCGGUAGACGAAUUAAAACAAAUGUUUGCUACGAAACAAGCAAAAUCUACAAAUCCAGUAUUUUCUAAUUUAUUUCGACCCGUCUCUCCACCACCUAAUAUAACAGAAAUAGACGAUAAUUCAUCGUCAUUAACCUUUCGUCAUAUCAAUCAUUCUAACCAUAACGUACGACAAAAUGAUUCUCAGUCCAGACAUCGUCUAUCCUUAUCAUCAAGUCUAAAUAAAAAUAAAGCAGCUGGUCUAUUGACAUCAAGUGCAUCAAGUCUCGUCGGAGAAGUAGUAUUAACAUCCGAUGAUGUUAGUAAACUUAAAAAUAAUCUACGUAAAACUGGUUUUGGUGAUAGAAAUCAAACAUUACGACGAAAAUUACCAACCGAAACAGUUCAAGUUGAUUUUCGUAAUGUUCUUCGUUCAUCAAAAACGCAUUCAACUCCAAAUAUUAAUAAAUAA